AUGUGCCGGUGGCGGGGCCGGGCGCGGGGGGUGGCGGUGGCGGUGGCGCACGGGCUGUGCUCGGGCUCGCUGAACAUCCUGCUGAAGUUCCUGCUGGCCCGCUACCACUUCGCCUUCCUGACGCUGCUGCAGUGCCUGAGCAGCGCGGCGGCGGCGCUGGGGCUGGAGGCGCUGCGGCGGCGGGGGCUGGCGGCGCUGCCGCCCUUCGGGCCCCGCCUGGCGCGCCCCUUCGCCGCCGUGGCCGCCCUGGCCACGCUGCAGUCCACCCUCACCCUCUGGUCGCUGCGCGGCCUCAGCCUCCCCAUGUACGUCGUCUUCAAGCGCUGCCUGCCCCUCGUCACCCUCCUCACCGGAGCCCUGGUGCUCCGCGACGGCAUGCCCUCGCCCGGCGUCCUCGUCGCCGUCCUCAUCACCACCUGCGGCGCCGCGCUGGCCGGAGCUGGUGACCUGACUGGGGAUGCUAUGGGCUAUGUGACAGGCGUGCUGGCCGUGCUGAUACAUGCUGCCUACCUGGUGCUCAUUCAGAAGACCAGUGUAGAUAGUGAAUAUGGACCCCUGACCGCUCAGUAUGCCAUCGCUGUCUCAGCCACCCCUUUUCUCAUCAUCUGCUCCUUUGCCAGCAUGGAUUCCAUCAACGUCUGGUCCUUCCCGGGGUGGAAGGACCCUGCCAUGGUAUGCAUCUUCAUUGCUUGUGUCCUGAUUAGCUGUGCCAUGAACUUUACCACCCUUCACUGCACUUACAUUAACUCAGCUGUGACCACCAGCUUCGUAGGGGUGGUGAAGAGCAUAGCAACCAUCACGGUGGGCAUGGUGGCAUUCAAUGAUGUGGAGCCCACAAAGUUAUUUAUAGCCGGGGUUGUGGUCAACACCUUGGGGUCUGUCAUUUACUGCGUGGCCAAGUACAUUGAGACCAGACGGCAGAGCAAUUACGAGGACCUGGAGAAAGAAGCUAGAGAGGAGGAGGGGAGAAGGCAGGCUGGGGACCAAGCACUGUUUGCGAUGGAGGCAAUUUCCCAGGAGAAGGGGGCUGAGGAAGCAACAGUGGAAGGAUCGGCCACGGGGGACAGCGGAGAGGAAGAGAAGGACGGCACUGAGAAACCUGCCAAGGGACAGGCAGCCCACGGAAAAGCCACCGGCACACAAGGAGUGAACAGGAGCUCGCUGAAGGAUGCCUAUCUUGGAGUAUGGAGGUUGGUGAGGGGUGCUAAUUAUAUAAAGAAGGAUUACUUGAUAGAAAAUGAAGAGCUACCAAACCCUUAAAAAGCAGGUUUGAAAACCUGUUGCUUGAGGACAGACACCUGGUUCUCUGUACAGGGGGAAAGGCAGAGCAUACAUUUCCACAUCAACGCUGGCAAAUCCAAAUCAUGUAGGAUGACUUUACCUCAUUGUCAAAAAACAAAAGGUCAGAGUUUGCUCAUGCUUUGGGCUUGCUUUCAUCUGCUUUCAGUACAUCAGUGUAGACCCACCACAGCUAAAGGUGCCAGUUCCUCUGCUGUGGACACGGAGAGAGUUGGGCAAUGGGAAGCCACGGGGCGCUUGCCCAGCAGCCUGGGCUAUGAGGGACAUCAGUACCAUUGGGUCAGUCGGCAGUGCCAGUGACACGGCGGUGGCCUGUAGCUUAGCUUGUGUCUGGAGCCUUGUGAUUUUAACAGCAUUCGGAAGCUGUCGAUGUGCUUCCGUAUCUGUAUCCAUCCAAUUAUAGGUACUCUAUAUAAAUAUAUUCCUACAAUAUAUAAGCUCCUAUUAACUGUACUUUUAUGCGCUCCUCUCUGUCAAUCCACUUGCAACAGAGCUAGAGAUUGCGCCACUUCAAUUAUAUUGGUGUAAAAUCACCCUCUUAACUGAAGAAUUGAAACUCUCCCUAAUUCUGUGGCCAGGCUGGGCCUUGGACCUGGUUUACAUUGGGUGGUUUGUCUCUUCAGUAGAAAUACUUUAGUCUUGCGGUGGUGUCCAUGAGAGCAGAACCAGAUCUGAACUUUCGAGGAGCUUUGCUUAGCAAAAGAAGGAUGUUUUUCUAUGAGCUUUAACUACAUGUAGUGUUGGGAAUACUAACUUGACCCAAAUAAAAGUUUGGAAAUGUUGGUAUGUAUUGAUUUGAUUUGGGAGGGCUAUAAAAAAAUUAGGGAGAAAGCGUGUGGCUUGUGCUAUCCCCUCCUUGUACCCUAAAGUUGGGUGAAUCAGAGCCUGGACUGGAACCCAGGUGUCCUCCUCAUCUCCCUCUCUCGGAAGUCCAGGCUGGCAGCAGACCCGGGGACAACACCUCUCCGGGGUUCCCAGGGGUGCUUUUGCAGGACAGGUUGGCGAUGUCCCGGCCGUGCGCGGGGACGCGGCUCGGCACGUACCAGCCCUCACUGUCCCCGCGCUGCGGUGCCGGGUGGAAGGAAGCGCCGGCGGGCGGGCGAGGAGCUGCCGUCGGCUCCGGCUCAGCCCCUGGCCGAGCGCUCGUGGGCUGGGAGGGAUGCUCGGCGCACCCGGCCCCGAGACGGCCGGGGCUUUGGUGGAAGCCGCUCCCCUGAGCCCACCCAGACUGUCCCCGCGGGCUGCGGGGGGCAGAGCUGCCUCUCCCCCCCGGCCGCUCCAGCCGCUUCCCCCCGGGGAAACAUGCCCUCCAGUGAGGCCAACAUUGAAUAUGCUAAUAUUUUGUACUACAUACGUUUAGUGGGAAAGACUGGGGAAACAAGCGUUGGAGUAUUUCUUAGCCCUGGGUUACCCUUUUGGUAGGUGGGGGUCCAUGGGUCAAACCUCUGCUCAGAACCAGGCAGAGGAGAGAUUUGACUCUGAGCCUUCCUCAUCCCAAAAGGGUGCCCCAGCCAUCGGGCCAUCUUGACCACAGAUUGAAACAAGUUGUUAUUGCCUCCUGAAAAAAUAAACCAAGUUGUUUAUUGUUGUUGCUGUUAUUAUUGUUAUUAUUAUUAGUUAUUAAGACAUUGAACUGAAAAUCAAUUAUUUCCACAGCCCUAAUUAAGCAGUGCCUAGCCCAAUGCCUUCUCAAGCCAAGCAGGCAGCAUUAGCCUCACAGAGCAUUCAGCACUGAAAUCCAAAAUGAGCAAUUCACCCAGCAGGGAAUAUUUGCAAAACUGAUCUCUGUGGGAGCUUUAGAUUCUUGUCAACAAAUGCAGGCAGAGGCAUUGGGUGCAACAGUGGUUUUUGAGUGAGUGCAGAAGUUGGGUGACCUGUGAACAACAAGAGAUUCUGGCUAUAUGCCGAAAUGUAACGUUUACUUUCUGCUCAAGCUCCGUACAGCAUCUUUUGCAAAAAAAAAAAAAAAAAAAAAAAAAAAAAAAAAAAAAAAAAAAAAAGCACUAUUGUUUAUAGGCUAAUACAAUAGGGGUUUUGUUAGUUUUUCAAAUGCAUCCUAGACUAAAGAAGCUUGUGCCUCUGACUUACAUUUGCUGUAUUACUGAAAUCGUUAUGAUAUCGAACUGCAUUGUAAUCGUACAGAUGGCUGGGGAGAAACCCACAUUUCUGAUCUGUCCUCACUGUGCUCAGUGGUUUCUGCCCACAAGAAAAGUGGAUCUUUUUACCACCUGGAUGCCAGUCCUAGACCCUGUAGCGUACACUCCGUGUUUGGCACUUGCUGUAGAAAGCUCUCCCCCUGGACUCUUGCUGCAGGACUUUUUCCUGGGAGAGUUCAAUGUAUUGCUGCUUACUGUUGUUGAUGUGUUAGUAGAAACUUGCGGAAAUUCAAACAGUUUUAACUGUUAAAAAAGCUGCUGUUACGAUGUUGUACAUUUGCAUGUAUAGUCGAAAUGUGAUUAUAUUGUAUUCUGUUUAUACCUGUAAAUUCCCUAAAUGAAAAUGGGAAUUUGGCAAAUGCAAUCCACUUUUUCAGUAAAAGAGACUGUCACACAAUAAAAUAAAAAUAUUGCCUCGUGCUGAGGUAUUUUAAUAGCAUCAGUGGAAGACUGCAGAAUGAGAUGUGGGAAUAAAAUGCACUGCUUUCCAAAA